UUCAGUAUACCAAGUCCAACGCUAGGCAUAAGAUUCUAGUUUCUACCUGCCAAAUUAAAAUCAGCAAUUUGCAUCGUGUUUCUAUUAUUCUUUUGAGUAAUAUAUACUACAUAAUUUAUCCAAAUGGCGAAUAUUGCUGCAAAACGUAUAAAAAGAGAAUUCAAAGAAGUCAUGAAGAGUGAAGAGGUAGCAGGUGGUGCAAUUAAACUGGAACUGGUUAACGACAGUUGGACAGAGCUUCAAGGCGAGAUCGCAGGUCCAUCGGACACGCCGUACGAGGGAGGGACCUUCGUCUUAGAGAUCAAAGUACCGGAGACGUAUCCAUUCAAUCCGCCAAAGAUCCGUUUCGUUACGAAGAUCUGGCAUCCGAAUGUGUCUUCGGUGACGGGCGCUAUAUGCUUGGACAUCUUGAAGGAUCAGUGGGCGGCGGCGCUGACGCUGCGGACGGUACUGUUGUCUUUGCAGGCUCUGCUCUCGGCAGCGGAACCGAACGACCCACAAGACGCUGUAGUGGCCAAGCAAUACAAAGAGAACCCUCAGUUGUUCCACAUGACCGCUAGACAUUGGACGAAUGUGUACGCCGGCGGACCAGCCAGUAUCGUGGAGUUCAACCAGAAGGUUCAGCGUCUGUUGGACAUGGGAGUAGACGAACACGACGCCCGCGUCGCUCUCUCCACGUACGACUGGGAGCUGGAGCGCGCCACCGAGCAACUCUUCAGCUAGUUUAAUCUUAUUGUAUUUAAAACUACCCUCUUAAGAAGUAGUUUCUACCCGCAAAUAUCUACCCAAUAGUUAUAUAUUAGCUGUACCGAAACCAUAUUUUGUCUGUUUUCUUUUUUUUAUUUUAAUUAGGUGAUUUAUUAAUAUCUCUAAUGAUGAAAACCGUCGAAUAUAAGUUUCUGCCAGCCAUGAUAAUUGCAAUCUCUCUUCGAUUUUAAUCCUGCAGAUCGAGUACCUAUAGACACAUUUGUAAACAGGAAAUCGUUCUCGCAAACUGCCACGUGGUGAAUGAAAAGUGUUGCUUGAUAGUAUACGGUGGAUACGUUAACAUUAAAAAUAAUUUUUAUAAAAUGCAAUAAUUGUUAAUUGUUUUCAGGGGACAUUUAUUUCAUAAAAUGUUAUUGAGUAGGACGAUCGGCUGUUGGACAACAUUAUCUGUGUUAUAAAUAAUAAAGUUCCAUUGAUUCCGUCAGUCUUAUGUUAUGCAUAAACAAUGCGUAGCUUAGGUUAAGUUAUCCUAACCUUAUUUAUGGUUGCUAAAUAUAAAUUGCCCUAAAAGUGAGAAUAAUUUAAAGGUUUAGUUCUUCGUCGGCGUAAAAUUGUAAGUUUAUGUUUUAGUGUAAGGAUUUGUGGGAUGAAGUUUGGAAUAUAACGAAUGUUCUACAAAAGUGCCUGAUUCCAGUCACCUGACCUCAAGGCCGUCUGUAACUUUCAAAGUGCUCUCCAUUGAGAUCGCUCUUCAUGAGUUCUAUUGUGAUAUCGCGCACGUCACCUGCCCUGUAUCAUAAACCUUUCAUAGUCCAGCUGACUUAGUCAACGAAAAAACUAACUUAACAGAACGCAUACUAACAGAAUACCAUACAAUUAUAUACAUAGUAUAUAUUGCAACAGGCUUCCUAUGUAACGUACCGGCAUAGCGUCCCAGCGGUUGACUUCAGAACAUCUUUAACAAUCAGUGUGAUAAAUGAAAUUUAAAUUAGAAUUAAUCAGGUGCUUUUGAUGUAAGUGGUAGGCGAUGAUAGAAUAUUUUAAUUAAGUUGAUAACAAACAAAUACAACAAUAAAAUAAUAAUAUGUCGGCGUCAAUGAUAAAAAUGUAUUGAUUAAAAUAAAAUCGAUUACCACUCGAUUGAUUUGUAAACCUCGGCGUUUAUUUUUCGAAAGAAGUCAAUUGAUUUAUGAAUUAAAAAAUUUUGCGUUAAUGAUUAAAAUGUGUUAUUCGAAAUAAAUACAUAAUUAGUCGAUUGAUUUGUAAAUAAAAACAAAUUAAUAUCAAAAUUACUUUUCAUUGUCAAUAAUAAUUUUAGUUUCAUUUAUAAGUAAAACGACUCGGACGUCACCAACCGAUUGGUUGGUGACGUUCGAGUGAUUAGUGAUUAGUGAAUCAGGUGAGUUGUGAAGAGAGGGGACGGCUUCCAUAUAAGCAAGACGAAUCGACGAUGAGCCAGUUCUCAUAGACCCCGCGGAGAUACAGACAUUCGCUGCCAAGCUAAGGGCCUCCGACGGCAAUCCUCAGGCUCGCUUGCUGGCAAUGUGCCAGCACGCGGGCAUGUUGAGUGCCGUGGGAGCGUUCAAAGCCAAUGGCAAUUAGUUGUUUAGAUUAGGCGUCCCAGACACCCCUCCUAGACCCUGACAAUAAACAUAUGACCGACAGUACAGACAUAAACGUCCUCAAGACACACAAAGACGAGGUCCCGUUUCUUACGCGUCGCUCCGGCGUUCUGCCGUCGGGGGGCGUCAUGCAAUCCCAUCUUCCGAUGCCAUCCUCCACUCCACUUCAACGACGUACUAAGCCGAGGUCCGGCCUCUUAGAGGCACCCUUGGGACGGGCGUAUAUCUCCGUCGGGCCCUUCGGGCCUGAAUUAAACUGGUAGGUUCCAUCGGGCCAUCCACCACUCCCGGUGGCACUGUAAAAGCCAAUAGGGUUAACAGCUACAGACAAGUCGAAAGUCGAAAAAAGAUGAGCCAGUCGUGGUUCGGCAGCCGUCCUGUUCACAACUCAUAAUUGUGGUCAACGGAUCCGCCUGAAUCACAUACCUAUUUUAAUGAUACUUAUUUAAUAAGUAUUAUAAAAUGGAGGAUAAUUCUUACAACCGUGAGACUUCAGAGCCACCUAGCUCGCCCAUACUUCAAUCGCGAGCCGACAAAUACAAAAGUUCAAGUUUUAGGAUUAAUUGUCGUCCAUAUAACUUAUGUGACAUAUCGUUUGGGUGUACUAAAAUGUACUUAAAUUAGAAAUUAUAAAUUCAAUAAUGUAUUUAAAGGCACCUUCUAGAACCGUCAGUAAUUUUCGGACCUUACCUAUAUAUAAGAACGAAUUAUUCGUAAAUAAACGACAAAUUUUGUUUCUAAUUAUGGUUGUGGUGUGCUAGUAACGUAUUUGUGUGGACGUUUCGGAUCACAAAUGAAACAUUUCCAGUGUAUCCAUAACAAAAACGUUAGCAACUGUUUGAUAUUUCCAGCAAAUGAUAAAAAAUUGAGAGAUUGAAUAUUUCCAAAAAAAGGUGCACGUUUUUUUUUUUUUUGUAAUUUGGUAGUAGGUCAAAGCUUAGUACUUUUCUGCAACAGUAAUUUAUUACUUGAGUAUAUGUUGUGGGACUAUUUUAUUUUUAUAUUUAGGUUAACUUCCGAAUAUUCAUUUAACAACUUAUAAUUUUUGAUUUUUGAGUUGCUGUAAAGAAUUCUUGUACGAUUAUAAAUAUUAAUAAAUAUUUAUGAAACACUUACAAA